AUGAAUGAGAAGCCUAGUGGCAUGAGUGGAGAAUCACGCUGCCAGUGGGGACUUCGACACUUGGGGCUUCGAACCUACGGCAGAAGAUGGGUUAAACGAGUGAAUGGUGCGAAACAAUUUUGCCGGCUUUACAAAAGUGAAUGGAUUAAGCUUUGUGAUUCGGAACAUGCAGAGGGCAAGAAAUGUGAUGGUGACGAAGCCCCUCGUUUGACUAGAGUGCUCAUGCCCGAUCCAUCACGAACGACUCUCGAGAACCUAUAA